AUGAGAUUAAACUCUUUACAUCGUCCUCGUUUAUACCAAAAUUAUCGUCGUUUUCACAAUAAUCUACAAUCGCUUACUACCACUACCAAAUCUUCAAUCGUAUAUAACCAUCAAAAAACACCAUUACGUUUCUUUCACGAGAGUAACAGAUGCUGUGGUAAGCUACAAGAUCAUCACAACAAACAGCAACAGCCAAGUGCACCUUUCUACGCACUUGGACCAAAAGACGAGGAAGCACUCGGGGCCGGUCGUACGCGUGAUAAACCAUUAACGGAAGGACACACGGUCGAUAAAGCACACGAAUUCUUGACUAAGGAUGAUUUACCGCCACAACAACAGCAAAAGGAUACCUCGGAUGAUAAAUCAAUACUAUCGACGGUUUCUUUUCCCGAGAUCGUGGAUAAUGUGAAACACAAAAUUUAUAAUACUGCUGCAAAAAUGAUGCGACCUGAAGGAUCAGAUACUCAAUCUGUGGCCGCAGCAAAAGGAAUUCAAGGACGUGCAAACUAUUUAAAAGAGAAACAACACGAAGCUGCUCCAAAAGCUUCAAUAGAAAACACACAGGCAUACGAAGAAAUUCCCAGUAGAUCUGAACAACUAACGGAACAUGUUCAAGACAGAAGUCAACAAUUAAAAGAUGCAAUUAAGGAUGAAUUAAAAAUCGACAACUCAACCACCGCUAACAUGCGUGAUGUUUCUAUGGAACAAGCGAAACGAGUGAGCGAUAAAGGAGAACAAGUUAAGGAAACUAUGAAAGAGAAAGGAACCCAAUUAAAAGAAUCUGUUCAAGAUAAAGCUCAGCAAUUAAAAGAAAAUGUUCAAGAUAAAGUUCAACAACUAAAAGAAAACAUCAUGGGAGCCGGUAGUGAGACAAUAGAAAAAGGAAAAGAAGCGAAAGAUAACGUCGUGGAAAAAGGAAAAGAAACUAGCGAGAAUCUCCAAGGAAAAAUAAAGGAAACCAAAGAAAAUAUACAAGAAAAGGGACAAAUAGCGAAAGAAACUGUUCAAGAAAAAGGAGGACAAUUAAAAGGAAAUGUUCAAGAUAAAGCUCAGAAAUUAAAAGAAACUAUCACAGGAACCGGUGGCGAUCAGUUAAAAGAAAAUAUCAUGGGGACCGGCGGUGAAAUAAAAGAAAAUCUCCAAGAAAAAGGACAGCAAGCAAAACAAAGCGCGCAAAGCUUAGGCGAAAAACUUAAUGCUAAUAUUGGAAUGCAAGAUCAAGUGGGUCAAUUAAAUAUUUCACAAGCUACAGGAGAUACAGUAAAGCAGGAAGAACAAGAAUGGCAAACUUCUAAAAGCAGGCACGACGAAAAAGAUGGAGAUAAAUCAACUGCAAAAUCCAAAGAAGCUAAAAAAUAUGGGAAGGGUGAUCCACAAUUGACCAAUACCAAACCAAACGAACAAAUUCCGGAUAGUCCUCUUGAAGAACUACGUAAAGUAGGGGAGGCUACUAUACGUUAA